AUGACAAGUAUAGCUGAUUCCGAAGGUGAACCUUCUGUUGCUUCUAAUUCAAACAUAAAAGUCGCUGUCAAUGAAACACCUACUCAAGUAAUAAAAAACAAGGCACUUGUUCUUUCGCCAUUUUCACCACGUUCACCACGUUUGCCAGUUCCGCCAGUCACUGCGCGUCCUCCGUCGGCAAAAUCGGAUACUGUCAUCGCGACUUUAGUUUUAAAAGAUGGCACUAGUUAUCAGGGCUUUUCAUUCGGCGCUGAAAGUAGAUCAGUGGCAGGAGAAUGUGUUUUUCAAACUGGUAUGGUCGGUUAUCCCGAGUCUCUGACCGAUCCCUCUUACCGAGGACAGGUUCUUGUGUUAACAUUUCCCCUGAUAGGCAAUUAUGGAGUUCCUUCAUGCGAUGAUAUGGAGUCUCUUUUCAAAGACAUUCCAAAGCAUUUUGAAUCUCGUGAAAUACAUGUCGCUGGUUUGGUUAUUGGACAAUAUUCACAAAAAUUUUCUCAUUAUUUGGCAAACUCUUCCUUGUCCGAUUGGCUAAAAGAGAACGAUAUUCCAGCCAUAUAUGGAAUUGAUACGCGUGCUCUAACGAAAAAGAUUCGUACUCAAGGUGUACUUUUAGUAAAGAUUUUAUUUCCAAAGAGCGUAGUUGGAAAUACAGCUUUGGGUAUAUCGGAGGGAAAUGAUUCUUUAUCCGUAGAUGGUGUAAGUUAUCAAGAACCUUGGUUGCUUGAUUAUCAGGAUGUUCCAUGGGUAGAUCCAAAUGAGAAAAACUUGGUUGCAGAAGUUUCAAUUAACGAACCCAAAUUAUACGAACCUGAUCCAUCGAAGGCUAUUACUGAUGCUAACGGAAGAACUUUACGUGUUAUAGCGAUUGACGUUGGUAUGAAAUACAAUCAAAUCCGAUGCUUGGUCAAUCGUGGUGUUGAGUUAUUAGUGGUUCCUUGGGAUUAUAAUUUUAACGCGGAAAAAGAAUAUCAUGGUGAUCCAACUAUGGUUGAAAAAACUAUUGAACAUCUAAGAGAAGCGUUAAAGAAAGCAAAAACACCAAUUUUUGGAAUUUGCCUGGGACAUCAAUUGUUAAGUUUGGCAUCUGACGCCAAAACUGUAAAGAUGAAAUAUGGUAAUCGUGGUCAAAACAUCCCGUGCACAGAUAUGAUCUCUGGGCGUUGUUAUAUAACUUCUCAAAAUCAUGGUUACGCGGUUGAUGCAAGCACACUUCCUCCUGACUUUCAAGAAUUGUUCGUUAACGCAAACGAUGGUUCAAACGAAGGAAUAAUACACAAAUCCCUACCCAUUUUCUCGGUUCAAUUUCAUCCAGAAGCAACACCAGGUCCAAAGGAUACCGAAUAUUUGUUUGAUGUGUUCAUCGAAAGUGUAAAACAAUCUAAUUUAGCACGCAAGUUAGUGCCUUUAAAAAUGCCAGGUGGAAAUAAGGAAGAAAAUUCAAGAAGAAAUCCACGUGAAUUUGAUUACUCUGGAAGUCAGGCUAUUAAAGCUUUGAAAGAAGAAGGGAUUUAUACAAUUUUGAUUAACCCAAAUAUUGCAACAAUACAAACCUCUCAUUCACUGGCUGACAAAGUAUUCUUCCUUCCGGUGAAUCCGGAAUUCGUUCUUAAAGUUAUCAAGUACGAAAAACCUGAUGGAAUAUAUGUAACAUUUGGGGGGCAGACUGCCUUAAAUGUGGGUAUUAAGCUCAAGGACGAAUUCGAGAAGCUGGGAAUAAAAGUUUUGGGAACUCCUAUAGACACAAUAAUAAUGACCGAGGAUCGUGAGCUGUUUGCACAGAAAAUAUUUGAGAUUAAGGAAAAAUGCGCAGAAUCUGCACCCGCUACUAAUGUACAAGAAGCCUUAGACGCAGCACAAAAUAUUGGUUACCCUGUUAUAUGUCGUGCCGCAUACGCUCUUGGUGGCCUGGGCUCUGGAUUUGCUGAGAAUGAGACACAAUUGGCUGAGCUUUGCGCCAAAGCUUUCGCUACCAGUCCUCAAGUAUUAAUCGAACGAUCGAUGAAAGGCUGGAAAGAAAUCGAAUACGAAGUUGUUAGAGAUUGUCGUGACAAUUGUAUUACUGUUUGCAAUAUGGAGAAUUUUGAUCCUCUUGGAAUCCAUACGGGUGACUCCAUUGUGGUUGCGCCAUCACAGACUCUUUCGGACGAAGAUUAUAAUAUGCUUCGAACAACGGCAAUUAAUGUGAUCCGUCAUCUUGGAGUCAUCGGCGAAUGUAAUAUUCAGUACGCGUUGAAUCCGUUCUCUAAAGAAUAUUGUAUUAUUGAGGUGAACGCGCGUCUGUCUCGUUCGUCUGCACUUGCAUCCAAAGCUACAGGUUAUCCUUUAGCUUUCGUUGCUGCCAAGCUUGGUUUGGGUAUACCAUUAAACGAAAUUAAUAAUUCUGUGACCAAAGUCACGUGUGCCUGUUUCGAGCCUAGUUUGGACUAUGUAGUGGUUAAAAUUCCAAGGUGGGAUUUAAAGAAAUUUACUCGGGUAGACAAAGCUUUGAGCUCAUCGAUGAAGUCAGUUGGAGAGGUUAUGAGCAUUGGUCGUACUUUUGAAGAAACCAUUCAAAAAGCAAUCAGAGCUAUUGAAUAUAGUUUUGUGGGAUUCAGUCAGAACGAUCUGGUGGACGAUAUCGAAAGCGAAUUGGUUAAUCCAUCCGAUUUACGUUUGUUCGCUAUCGCCAAUGCCAUGCAUAAAGGCUAUACUGUUGAUCAAAUUUGGGAAUUUACCAAAAUAGACAAAUGGUUUUUACAUAAGCUACAAAACAUUAUCGAAUUAGAACGACUGUUGAAAAAGUUUAACCAUUCCAAUAUUUCGUCUGAGUUGUUACUGAGUGCUAAACAAUUGGGUUUCUCCGAUCGUCAAAUAGCAAGAGCUCUAAAUAGCAACGAGCUGUCUGUCAGGAGGAUCAGAAAGAAGCAUGGAAUAAUACCUUUUGUAAAACAGAUUGAUACCGUCGCUGCCGAAUUUCCAGCACAAACGAAUUACCUUUAUAUCACAUAUAAUGCCGUGGAAAAUGACAUAUCCUUUAAUGAAAAAGGAGUUAUGGUACUUGGAUCUGGAGUCUAUCGCAUUGGUAGUUCAGUAGAGUUCGACUGGUGUGCCGUACGUGCUAUUCGAACAUUACGGGACAAGAAGAUUAAGACAAUCAUGGUCAAUUAUAACCCUGAGACCGUCAGCACGGACUACGAUGAAGCUGAUAGACUUUAUUUUGAAAAUAUAACUCUCGAACGAGUGUUGGAUAUAUAUGAGAUCGAAAAUUCGAAUGGUGUAAUUAUUUCGAUGGGUGGCCAAAUUCCUAAUAACAUUUCGUUGCCAUUGCAUCGUCAAAAUGUAAAAAUCUUAGGAACUUCCCCAGAAAUGAUAGAUACCGCCGAGAAUCGAUAUAAAUUUUCUCGUAUGUUGGAUCAAAUUGGAGUUGACCAACCGGAAUGGAAAGAAUUAACAAGUCAUGAGGAGGCUCAUGCUUUCUGCAAAACAGUACAGUUCCCAGUUCUGGUACGACCUUCCUAUGUGUUGUCCGGUGCCGCUAUGAAUGUAGUUUAUUCCUCGGAUGACCUAUCUAAUUAUCUUAGUCAAGCCACAGCAGUUUCGCGAGAACAUCCAGUUGUUAUAUCGAAGUAUAUUGAAGAAGCGAAAGAAAUAGAAAUGGACGCUGUAGCUUUGGAUGGAAGACUGGUAAUGCACGUGAUAUCAGAACACGUUGAAAAUGCCGGUGUUCAUUCAGGAGAUGCAACACUUGUUUUGCCACCUCAAGAUCUUGAUCCUGAAACCGUGAAAAAAAUAGAGUUGGCAACUCAACAGAUUGGGAAUGCGCUUAAUGUGACUGGUCCUUUUAAUAUCCAGUUUAUUGCCAAGAAUAAUGAUAUCAAAGUAAUAGAGUGUAAUGUUCGUGCUUCAAGGUCAUUCCCCUUUGUAUCUAAAGUAAUUGGAGUAGAUUUAAUAGAGAUGGCCACACUUGCAAUUUUGGGAGUUCAAUUUGAACAUUAUCCGUCACUCAAUUUACCCAAAAAUUACGUGGCUGUCAAAGUUCCACAAUUUAGUUUCAGUCGAUUAUCUGGUGCUGAUCCUGUAUUGGGUGUUGAAAUGGCGUCGACUGGAGAAGUCGCAUGUUUUGGUCGUGAUAAAUAUGAAGCUUACCUCAAGGCAUUGAUAUCAACAGGAAUGACUAUCAACAUGCCCCGGAAAAAUGUAUUGCUUUCUAUUGGCUCCUUCAAAGAAAAGAAUGAGAUGUUACAAUCGGUUCAAAAGCUUCACAAUAUGGGUUUCAAUUUAUUUGCCACUUCCGGUACGGCUGAUUUUAUUCAAGAACAUGGUCUACCAGUAAAAUACUUGGAAUCACUAGAAGAAUCCGAACACGAGCUCAAGUCAGAAUAUUCACUUCAGCAACAUUUGGCGAAUAACUUGAUUGAUCUGUAUAUCAAUUUACCAUCGAAAAAUAAGUUUCGACGUCCAGCGAGUUAUAUGAGCAAAGGUUACCGUACGCGUAGAAUGGCUGUGGAUUAUGAUGUUCCGUUGAUUACGAACGUUAAAUGCGCGAAAUUAUUUGUGGAGGCUCUGUCGCGCUUAACUACUUUUGAAAUUUUGGAUAUCGAUUACAAGACAAGUCACAAACGAGUCACAUUACCGGGUCUCAUUAAUAUUUCAGCAUUUAUACCUCAUGUUAGCGAACCCGGUCAUGACGACUUUGCACAAGUUACAAGAGCGUGUCUCUCAGCCGGAUUUACUACGAUCAACGUAUUACCUAUUGGGUUAACGGGUUCAUUGCAUGACUCGCAAACUAUCUCUGCAGCACGUACCAAUGGUAGUCGUAAUUCUUAUUGUGAUUUUUCUUUAGCUGUAGCUAUUACGGAGAACAAUUAUCAGGAGUUGAGAAAGGUGAUCCCCGACGUAAUCCUGUCGUUCAUUCCAUUUUCAAAUCCUCAAUGUGACGAGCUUCCAACCGUGGACACUAUCAAAACACAUUUUAGAUCUUGGCCUUCUCAUAUGCCCAUAGUAACUGAUGCUAAGGGAAAGGAUUUGUCGCAUAUCUUGUUUGUAGCCGAUUUGCUCGAACGUGUCGUGCAUAUUACAAACGUAAGCACAAAGGAAGACAUUGAAUUGAUUACGCUAAGCAAAGAAAGGGGAAAAAAAGUUACAUGCGAUGUUUCGGUGUACGCACUAUUUUUGAAUACCGACGAUACAAAUGAAAGUACGAAUAUCUUGCCAACCCCAUCAGGCCAAGCAGCUCUAUGGGAGCACUUGGAGGAAAUUGAUUGUUUUUCCAUAGGAGUUAUCCCAUACCAACUUUCAAAAAUAAUUGGUACGGAUGUUGAGGCAUGCACUGGCGUUGAAGAAACGUUGUCACUGCUUACAAAUGCCAUUAAUGAAGGACGAUUGACUUUGGAAGAUGUUAAAAAACGUCUCUACACUAAUCCUCGUAAGAUUUUUAAUCUACCCGAACAACCGGAUACCUUUGUAGAAGUAGAGAUUGACAGAAAAACCAUAGUUUCUCGGAAAGGACAAUGUUCUCCAUUCUCUGGAAAAAUGUUGCGUGGUACUGUCAGUCGUGUAGUUUUAAGAGGAGAAACAGUUUAUCUGGAUGGAGGGUUUUAUUCCACAGAUACAAUCGGAAAAGGAGUGAAGCAUGUGAUUGUGAAAACGCCUGUUACAAAAGAAUCGUUUACAAUUAAGGAUUCGACACAAGCUCAGUUACAACAGUCUAACCCAGAUGUCACUUCGCCACCGCUUGGACCCAGAGAAAUUAGCACAAAAUUAGUUGUUCCAGAAUUAACCAUCGAAAGACCUGAAAUACCAACUCAUUCGUCUUUUUUGCGAAAAGAUAUUCUUACAGUGAAAGAAUUCACGCGGAACGAUCUUCAUUUAUUAUUUGGUGUCGCUCAUGAAAUGCGCACGUUGGUGGAACGAUAUGGGAUGAUUGACCUACUUAAAGGUCGCGUAUUGGUUACAUUGUUUUACGAACCGUCCACAAGAACAUCGGCAUCUUUUCAAGCCGCGAUGUACAGAUUAGGUGGGCGAGUUGUCUCUAUUAAUGCAGAUACCUCAUCGGCCACCAAAGGUGAAACGCUGGAAGAUACAAUUAGAACAGUAGGAUCAUACGGAGACAUUAUCGUGAUGAGACAUCCUGAUGUUGGAAGUUCAAAGACUGCGGCAAAUUUUUCAAAGGUUCCCAUAAUAAAUGCGGGAGAUGGAAUUGGUGAACACCCUACUCAGGCACGUUAUUUACAUUAUCCCGCAUUUCUUGACGUGUAUACAAUUCGUGAAGAAUUGGGAACCGUGAACGGCUUGACCGUGACUAUCGUUGGUGAUCUGAAAAAUGGUCGAACAGUUCAUAGUCUAGUUCGAAUUUUAUCACAAUACCAGGUUACUCUAAAUUAUGUUAGUCCGGAUUCAUUACGUAUGCCAAGUGCUGUCAAGACGGAAGUUCGUAAGAUGAGUGCUAUAAAACAAACGGAAUAUACUGAUUUGCAAGAUGUGAUUGCAGACACAGACGUGCUCUAUGUGACACGAAUUCAACGUGAACGCUUUGUUAAUCAAGAAGAAUACGAACGAGUUAAAAAUGCCUACAUUAUAAAUAAUGCCACUUUGGUCAAUGCUAAACCAAAUAUGAUUAUCAUGCAUCCGCUUCCACGAAUGAACGAAAUUAGCCAAGAGGUCGACUUUGAUGAUCGUGCUGCUUAUUUCCGGCAAAUGAAAUAUGGAAUGUUUGUGAGAAUGGCUUUACUUGCUCUG